AUGAAAUUGAGAAGAAUUCAAUAUUUUUUUUCUGACUUUCGAAUUGGACAAUUAUUUAAAUUAGAAAGAAUAUUUACAGAAGAAGAUGUCAAAAUUUAUGCCAAUUUAAUCAAAGAUUUUAAUCCAAUUCAUAUUGAUGAAUAUGCUGCCUCCUAAUCAAUCUUUAAAUAUAGAGUUGUACAUGGAAUGCUGUCUUCUAGCCUUUUUUCUACAUUAGUAGGUACCAAUUUUCCUGGGGCCAUUUAUCUAGAUUAAUCAAUAUUUUUUAAAGCCCCCAUUUUUAUUGAUGAAUAAGUAAUAGCUUAAGUUCUAAUACAAGAUAUCAAACUAAAAAAAGGAAGAUCAAUUUUAAAAUUGAAUACUACUAUUUCCAAAAUGGAUUAGAAAAUCGCUGUAACUGGAGAAGCAAAAAUUUUAAUUAAUUGA